CUUGGUAACAGCAAGAACAUAUAUGCAACUACUAGGAAUCCUGGCUUCCACCAUCAGACUUGUCAUAUGGACCAAAUGGCAUCUCAGGAUUCAUCAAAGGUCCUUCCUAUCUUGGUUCAACAAGAGAAAGAUGGAUUGGAGCUAGCCACUGAUGAUAUCACCAUCAGUGGAGUUACACCUUACCUGGUAGCUGAAAAGAGAGAAUAUAUCUCUGGGUUUCCAGUGAACAUAACCUCAUUGUCAAUCCAUUUCAAGGAGUGGUUGCACAGUGUUUGGACCAUGUUACACAAG